CAACAGCUUCUGUCUGAUGCAAACGGCCGAACAAACAAGACAUUUUGAAGACUGUUUUGAACGGUUAAAAUGGACGACCCAUCCUUCUUUAAAGUCGAACUGGACGAAGAGGAAGCUAAGAGGAGUAUAUUAAUAACGGAUGUGCCUGAAAAUGUUUCUCCUAAAGAUGUUGUUAUUCACUUUCAAAAGAAAAGCAAUGGCGGAGGCGAAGUUGUGAAUAUUGAUGAUCAUGGCAAUGAACACCGUUCGCCUGUCGUUAUAACAUUUGAAGAUCCUUCAAUUGUGGGAAGAGCCAUUGAGCUUCAACAUAUCAUUAACGGAAAAGAAGUCACCGUACAGCGAUACCCUGCUGAAACGAGGAUACCUGAGAUCUUUUCUCUCGUAGAUGUAAGAAUCAAUCUUAAAGUCUUUGAUGGCUCCAUUUUCKUAUUARAAGAAGUGCUCWCCUAUCUARAAAGUGAACUUGGAAUUGAAUAUUGCGAGAAUAGAUAUGGAUAUUCAAUCCGUGGAUCAUACAAGCAAAUUAGAUCAUGUCGUAAUUAUAUCCAGGAUAAUAUUCGUAAUGGCAAGAUCUCACAACAGAUGCCACGAGGAUGUGCUAUCUAUGGCGAAGCUGAAGAGGCUGCGUCACCUGAAGAAAGGGAUGCCACUUCAAGAUCUACUGAAACAAAUGAUUACAAAAAAAACGAUGCCAUGACUUUCCAGUCUGUUCCUAUCAUCUUGCAAUUUAUCUUUACUGUCUCAAAGUAUGCAAGAAGAAUUCAAGAUAUUGAGUCAGAAUUCAAUGUCAAAAUUGGUGCWGUUGAUGGUGGGUCAAAAGUGUYAAUCAKMCCAUUGCCAGGAUGCACGCAGACAAAACAUCAUGAUGCCUGUGAGGAAUACAUUGAACUAUACAAAGAGGUCUGUGACAGUCCCAAAAUGUCUAAGAAUCUCCUUCUCAGACCAGGCAUCGGUUCAGACUUCUCGGUUAAAGAGGUAGUAAUGAAAGUAUUGCUAAUGGAACCAGUUGCCAUUCAGGAGAUGGAGGAACAAGAUAAAUGGCUGUUUUACGGGGAAGAGACGAAUGUAAGGUCUGCAAUCAACGCAGUAUGCAACAUGUUGAAGAUUGAUAAUCCGCUUCGAAAAACUCGUAAAGCAAGAGUACGACAAGUUACAGAGAACGAUGCUGGUACAGCUCAUAGCCUCCCGAAGCAAUCGGGGAAUGACAAGGCAGAGGAACAUGCAGUGCAGAAACAUCCCAAUAACGUAAGAAGUCAUAUUCAUAAAGACUUCCCAGGUGACACAGAACAGCCUUGUGUGGUUCAAACAAAGAAGGGAUUCCGGUKGACGGUUUACCAGGGAGACAUAGUUGAAGAGCGAGUUGACGUCAUUGUCAGCACCACUGACGAUUCUCUUGGAUUUUUUGCGGGAUUAUCUAAAGCAAUUGUUGAUAAAGGAGGACGCACAAUCGAAAAGGAAAUUGUAGCCGAAAGUAAACGGAAAAAGAUAAAGCCAGGCAACAUAAUCGUGACAGGACCAGGAAAUCUGCAUUGCUUGAAAAUUCUCCAUUUGAUCACUAACAGACACAAAAGGACCAAAGAAAAGUGUAAGGCAAUUGCCAACGCAGGGUGUUUGCAUUGCCUAAAGGUCGCACAAAAACAGAAACUAACUUCCAUUGCUUUUCCAGCUUUGGGAACAGGGCUACAAGGAAUAACCCUAGACACCUGUGCAAUAGCUAUGCUCAAUGCUGUUGAGGAAUACAUGAAAUGCAAUGAUCCGAAAGUAGACGCCGUUGCCGAUAUACGAUUUGUCCAUUUGGAUGCCCGUGCAGCUGAGGUAUUCAAAACUGAAGUCACAAAAAGAUACGGGGAUUCCAUCGUGAAACCGUCUGGAGAAAAAGGCUACGGUAGACACACCGAUUAUGAGACUUUAUCUCCCCCUUCACCAGAUUCUAAAGUUGUAUCAUCAGUUGAUAAAAAGACAGGAAAGAAAGAAGAUGAUGAUGUCUGUCCGAUCUGUUUGGAUGGUUUCCAUGAUCCUACAGCUCUGCCAAAGUGCAAACACAAGUUCUGUAAGAAGUGUAUUGAUCAAGCUUUCCAGCACCGUAAGGCUUGUCCUACCUGUGGAAUGGCCUAUGGAGUGCACACAGGAAACAUGCCACCUGGUACAAUGAACCACUACUUCGACAGUUAUCCACACCUUCCGGGAUAUGAAAGAUGCGGUACCAUAAGGAUAGACUACAAUUUUCCAAGUGGAACACAAGGUCCUGAACACCCAAACCCAGGACAAUGGUACGGUGGAACUUCAAGAACGGCUUAUUUACCCGACUGCCAAGAGGGAAGAGAGGUACUGGAUUUGCUCAAAAAAGCAUUCAAUGCAAGGCUGACUUUUACCAUCGGACGUUCUGUGACUACUGGUGCUUCUAAUGUCGUGACAUGGAAUGAUAUACACCACAAGACCAACCCUUAUGGGGGAUCAACUGGAUUUGGAUACCCAGAUCCAACUUACCUAAAGAGGGUUAAAGACGAGCUCGCUGCCAAAGGAAUCAAAUGAACGUCGUUUUUUAUGAUAAAUGAUCUCUGAAAGCAAAAAUGCGAAACUGAGACUUAAGUUAAUUACAAUUGUUAGUAAUUUCUUACCUUGGAAGGGGUAAUAACAGUUAACUCAUGACUACUUUGACAGCUAGCAGCAAAAAGCUGUUUCUUACUAGUGACAUAAGAAUAACAUAAGCAUGAGCAUAAUGAUGAAAACGUUCCCUUCUUCUUUUGCUUGUGCUUCUACUUUUGUCGCUGAAUUCCCAGUGAGACGUAUUAGUGCCACCAGGGUCUUGGUAUCACCAUUGUUUUCUUGGGACUCAGUGCGCAUGGCUUCAUGGUAAUAUCGUUAACGUUAUAUGAGGGGCACCACCAUUUCUUGGUAAUAUCGUAGCCGUUGUAUGAGGGGCCCCAGGGUAUUAGGGUUGCCAGGGUCUUGAUAUCACCAUGGUUUUCUAGGGAAUUAGUGCCUUCAUGGUAAUAUCGUAACCGUUACAUGAGGGGCCGCAGUGUGUUAGUAAUUUCAGGGGUUAGGUAUCACUAGGAUAUCAAAAGCCUUCGUAUUUACAUGGAAUUUAUUAUAGUGAGGGGCUACAGGGUAUUAGGGCCACUAAGGUUUUGGUACGUUAAGGGUAGAAAAAUGUAUCGCUAUCACGAUCGUCGUAGUAUUGCCGUUACCCGGGGAACGAUGGAUACAAGGAAUUGUAGCCCCAAGGGGAUGAAAAUCACAGGAUAUUAGCCCCUGUAGAAAAUAUCCACCACAAGUGUUCAAGUUUUAAGUACGUCCAUUCUGCCAUGGACUAUUACUAUUAACACAGUAGCUUAGUUUCAAGUAUUACAUUAUUUCAAUAGACAGUUUUGUUGUUGUUCAGCAAAAUCUUGAUUAACUAAUCCACGGUUUUCCCAUUGAAAUCACGUGUCAUUUCUACGAGAAUUAUUUCUUUCUUUUUUUAUUAAUAGCAUGAAUGACUAAACAGUUUAUCGUGUAUGAAUCUCAAAUAAAGAAUAUUAUUCUAAAAGGAA